AUCAUAUAAAGUAUCAUUUACUAGUCUUUGGUCUAUUUUGCAGAAAUGUGCGCAAAGGCACUAUAAACUUCCAAGAUCUGGACUAGGUGGCUAAGAGAAUUAGUCAAGUGAAAAGAAGAGAAGGAAGAAUGGACUUAUGUGUGAUGAUAAGAAGUAACCUAAGGGGCUAGCUAAAGAGGAGAGGGAUCUACUUGAGCCAAAAGAAGAGAAGAGAAGGGCCAAAGUGCAAUAUGGGCAGAUCUGAUCGAGAGGGGUCAAAAUCCCUAGGCAGCCCCGAUCCCCUUUUGGGCCUGGCACAUCUCUCUCUCCCUCACCCUUCCUUCUCCAACUCCGGCCGCCGCCAUGGCUAGGCCGGCGUGGUGGUGCGCCUCCGCGCCAUCCAUUCACCAGCACCACCAUCGCCUCCUGCCACCACUCCACCACGCACCACCAGCACCACCAUCCAUCGUCCACACGCCUCCACCAGCGCCGCCACCAUCGCCCACCUCGCGCACCCCUCCUUCUUCCUCUCGACCUCCUGCUGCUGCCUUCUCUUCUUCCACGCAACCUGCUGCUGCUCCUUCUUCCUAUGCGCCCCUGCUGCUCUUCUUGCUGAAGCCCUUUCCCCUCACCACGCUGAUGUUCCUUCUUCUUCCCCUUGCUGCUACUAUUUCUCUUCUUCCCUCGCCUCUAGCUGCUGCUCCUAGUUCUUCCCCACGCCUCUCCGUUGCAUCUCCCUGCUGCUAUCAUUCUCCAAGCUCGCCCCUCUCUGAAUCCCUACUGCUGCUGCUCUUCUACUUUCUCCUACCACGCUGCUGUUCUGCUCUUUCUCCAUCUCCCAACUCCAAGUCAUUGCUGCUACUCCAUCUUCCUUUGCCCCGCUGCUCCUCCUCCCUCUUCUCAACACCCCCCUGCUGCUGCUUCUUCUCUCUCAACCUCCUGCUGUUGCCUUCUCUCUCUCUCUCUCUCUCUCUCUCUCUCUCUCUCUCUGAAAUUUCUGUAGUAUUGAGAGAUGUUUAAGACUUGUAAGGUUCAGAUUUGAAGAGUACAUGUAAACUGCUGUUUGCUCUGUUUAGUACUUGUAUAAUAUAGUGUAUGUGAUCUGAGAUCUGACUAGUUGAGGCUUUGUUACUUUGGGAGAUACUUGAUCUAUUAUAUUUUGGUUCUAUCAAUUAGUAUUCUGCUAGUAUUUGUGUGUGUAUGUGUAUUUGUUCAGUCCGAAGACAUGUGUGGUUCUUACUUAUUUUGUUGACCAGUGAGAGUUUGUACUGUUACAUUGUGUCCCUCAUUUCGAAUGUAUGAGAUCUAGCUAUAUAUGUUUUAUAUGUUAUGUACUUGCUGAUGAUUAAUGUCCAGUUUAUUGUUCUUGUGAUAUAUACACAUAUGUGUGUGUUAUGUUCAUGUCCUUUUUACUUCUCUUGUCAUUGAUGUUAGCCUGUAUUAGUAUCUUAAUUUCUCAAGUAUUAAAAAAAUACCAAAAAGAAAGUUAGUAAAAUCUGAAUCUACCUUUGCUUAUCUGCAUUUUCAUUGGCGACAAUCUUGAUAGUUUAGGUUUAUUCUCUGUUCCCAUCAUCUGAAUUGUAUUACCUAGCUUUAGUCGAGCGUAGCCGCUGAUUGCCUAGUCCCUGUGGAGAACACGACAUCCGUAGUUUGGGGCGUAAAAACCCCGCUAUAUUACAAUUGAUCAUUUUGGCGCCGUUGCCGGGGACUAGCGUCGUGUGACCGUGUUAGGCUAUAGACUAGGUUUUUCUUCUUUUUCUAGUUUGUGCCAUAUAUUCGUGAUAUAUCUCUAACCACUAACCCCUGUUCUAGUUAGUAUUUUUUUUGUUCUUUUCUUUUCCUUUUUGCAGGUUAGAACUAUCUUCUCGGUUAUGGCUUACUAUUCAGAUCAUCAGGCUUAUGCGAGCAACACUGCAAACAGCACGGAAAGUAUUCAAGAACUGAUAAGUAAGAUUUCCCAUCAAUUAGAUGAUUUAGCUCAGCAGAGAGGAGUAGUUUUUGAGGAUAGGCCUAGUUCUUAUUAUCCUUAUUCCGGAGGCAAUCCUUAUGUUGCUCCUACAUGCCAUAUUUGUGGAUUUCAGGGCCAUUCGCCCGCUGAAUGUCAGCGUGGUUACUCUCACACUCCAGAUUGUUUUGGCAUGAGCUUCGCUCAAGAGCAUAGCUCAUACCAAAACAAUUACUCACAUGGGUGGCCUGAAAACCCGAAUAUGUCAUAUAGGAGCAACAACCCUGAGAUCUCAUCGUUUGCUUCUAGUAAUCAUAUGCAGGGAUUUAGGUAUGAAGAGGAGAGCCACAACCAUGCACCACAACAGUUUUUUUCACCUCCUACUCAUAUACCUCAAUACCAGGAGAUGUGUCCAAUGGAGUUAAAUGGUCCUCCAUUUGGUCAACCAACAACUCCAGCACCUGUUGAGCAAUCUCAUGUGCAAGUGCCCACACAAGAUGAGUUCGAUGACAUAGACAAGCUCACAUUGCUUAGUCUCGAGUUCACUUGGAGUGCUGAAGAUGAUCCAAUUAGGCCGGUGAUACUAGAUGAAAUGAAGAAGAUCAAGAGUGGAAAGGAACUAGUGGAAGAAGUAAGGAAGAUUGAGAAGAACAUCAAUGCUGGCAGCACUAUUUCUUCACAGCUAGAGCUGAGUAUUUCUGGGAUAUCCUUUGGUACAUGUGAGGUUCCAACACCGUCACAUCCAGCUGAGCAAGAUAGCAAGAGUCCAGAGGAAGAGAGACCUCAGAUUGAAGAUGAACUAGAAGACAAGGAACAAGAUGAUCAAGAGCUGCAAUUUCCAAGUGAUCAAGUUGAAGACUCAUCAUCUACUACUCCUGAAGAAGUACAAGAAGCUGCUGUAGAUGAAGAUGAAGAACCUAAGAUUCAUUGGCCUAUUGUCAUACAUGAGCGUGAUGUGUCAGGUUUACCCAAUCCUCUUGAUGACAUGAUGCCUUGUGAUUUCUUUGCUACUACCUUGCAUUACAUGAUACCAUCACUUAAGAUUGAUUUGAAAACUCAUUUGCUUGGAUAUGAUGAUAUAUACCCUGUUAGUGGCAUUACUCUCAUUUGUGAUGAUCAUAGUUACUUUCCUCGUGCUAGUCCUAUGCUUAAUGAAACAUAUCAUUCCCAUGCUAGUCUUGAGCUUAAUGAUAAAUAUCAUCCUCAUGUUAGUGUUGACCUUGCUGAUUUCUACCAUCCUAAACAUGUGCUUUAUAGCUAUGCUUAUGUAAUUGGAUAUUCGAUUGAUGACUUGGAGGGUAUUAUCCCUGCCACUUGCAUUGUCUCUUUGGUUGAGUGCUCUUUCAGGCUGUUGCUUGUGCACGAUCCACUACAUGCUGACCAAGUUCGAGAUGACAUUCCCUGGGACCACGGUGGACCUAUGGCAUGGGGAUGAGGAGAAGCAAGGAACACAUGAGGAAGGGAGAAGCUGGAGCAGGCAUGAGGAUAGAGAAGCAAAAGGAGAGGAGCUGCAGCUUAAAGAGUGAUCAAGCGAGUGCUACUUCAUAGUGCCCGGUGUAUACCAUGUUCUCGGGAUCGGUGGUAUGUUCCUUUGGGGAGACAAACAAAAAAAUAAUAAAAAUUGGUGGAGCCAGGUGUAUACCAUGUUCUCGGGAUCGGUGGUAUGUUCCUUCGGUGAGACUAAUAAAAUAAUAUGUGUGUUUCUUUCAAAUUCAAUAAGUGGUUCAACCACAAAGUCAUAUUUCUGCAAAUAAGAGAUUUAAUUCCAGUUCUUUUUGUUCUUGGGAUCAUGCUCUCUUUAGGAACCAUUUGGCGCAGUCAUCAUUUAAACUUGUUGAUCCUCUUUUAUCAUUGUAAAAGUUUAAAAUGGUCAUGCUUACUAGUAUCCUACCGCUUUGAAGAACUCCUAACCAUUAAUUUUCACUAGCUAAGUCCAAAGCAUGCAGUGUUUAGAGAUCUACUUCACUUGGUAUUCUCUAGUCAGCUCACUGUUCACAUUCUUGCUCUUGUCAUAUGCCUUUGCUUGAGGACAAGCAAAAGUUUAAGUGUGGAGGAACUUGAUAAGCACAUUUCAUAUAUACAAUUUUGGCAUAGAAAUAUAUUAUUUAUUGAGAUAUGACCAUCAAUUCUUGCUGUGAAAUAUUGAAUAUUUGCAUGAAAAUCAUAUAAAGUAUCAUUUACUAGUCUUUGGUCUAUUUUGCAGAAAUGUGCGCAAAGGCACUAUAAACUUCCAAGAUCUGGACUAGGUGGCUAAGAGAAUUAGUCAAGUGAAAAGAAGAGAAGGAAGAAUGGACUUAUGUGUGAUGAUAAGAAGUAACCUGAGGGGCUAGCUAAAGAGGAGAGGGAUCUACUUGAGCCAAAAGAAGAGAAGAGAAGGGCAAAAGUGCAAUAUGGGCAGAUCUGAUCGGGAGGGGUCAAAAUCCGUAGGCAGCCCCGAUCCCCUUUUGGGCCUGGCACAUCUCUCUCUCCCUCACCCUUCCUUCUCCAACUCCGGCCGCCGCCACGGCCAGGCCGGCGUGGUGGUGCGCCUCCGCGCCAUCCAUUCACCAGCACCACCAUCGCCUCCUGCCACCACUCCACCACGCACCACCAGCACCACCAUCCAUCGUCCACACGCCUCCACCAGCGCCGCCACCAGCGCCCACCUCACGCACCCCUCCUUCUUCCUCUCGACCUCCUGCUGCUGCCUUCUCUUCUUCCACGCAACCUGCUGCUGCUCCUUCUUCCUAUGCGCCCCGGCUGCUCUUCAUGCUGAAGCCCUUUCCCCUCACCACGCUGUUGUUCCUUCUUCUUCCCCUUGCUGCUACUAUUUCUCUUCUUCCCUCGCCUCUAGCUGCUACUCCUAGUUCUUCCCCACGCCUCUCCGUUGCAUCUCCCUGCUGUUAUCAUUCUCCAAGCUCGCCCCUCUCUGAAUCCCUACUGCUGCUGCUCUUCUACUUUCUCCUACCACGCUGCUGGUCUGCUCUUUCUCCAUCUCCCAACUCCAAGUCGUUGCUGCUACUCCAUCUUCCUUUGCCCCGCUGCUCCUCCUCCCUCUUCUCAACGCCCCCCUGCUGCUGCUUCUUCUCUCUCAACCUCCUACUGUUGCCUUCUCCCUCUCUCUCUCUCUGAAAUUUCUGUAGUAUUGAGAGAUGUUUAAGACUUGUAAGGUUCAGAUUUGAAGAGUACACGUAAACUGCUGUUUGCUCUGUUUAGUACUUGUAUAAUAUAGUGCAUGUGAUCUGAGAUCUGACUAGUUGAGGCUUUGUUACUUUAGGAGAUACUUGAUCUAUUAUAUUUUGGUUCUAUCAAUUAGUAUUCUGCUAGUAUUUGUGUGUGUAUGUGUAUUUGUUCAGUCCGAAGACAUGUGUGGUUCUUACUUAUUUUGUUGACCAGUGAGAGUUUGUACGGUUACAUUGUGUCCCUCAUUUCGAAUGUAUGAGAUCUAGCUAUAUAUGUUUUAUAUAUUCUGUACUUGCUGAUGA